AUGUCACCAACCCUCUUCUCCUGCGGCUCCAACGCUGCCUCCCACCUCGCCCUCUCCCACCCGGACGACGUCUCCGUCUUGAUACCGACUUUAUACCACCCCUCGCUCCCUGCCUUUCCAAACGGGACAGAGAUACUCGACGUCGUGUCUGCGUCUGCUCAUUCUUUGGUCCUCCUCCGCCUCCCACCUUCAUCACCUUCUGAAAACGAGGAAGGAGGCAUGAGGGGAAAAGUGGAGCAGAGACAUGUGUUGCUAGGCUGCGGCACGAAUACUUUCGGACAGCUAGGACCAAAGUGCGCCCUUUGGGACGACCUGAAACCCGAGGGAAGGUGGAAAGUCGUCGAUCUUGCGAGGGAUGCGGGACUGGGACAGGAGUGGGAGCCGGUCAGAAUUGCGGCUACGUGGACGACGAGUUUUGUCGUUUAUCGGCAGACUACAUCAGGAGGAGAGGGCGGAGGGGCUGAAGGUGGAGGUGGCAGUAGUGCAGCGUCGGGCGCGAACAAGGAUGAUGAAGAUGUAGUGGAAGGGAAGCAAGUGGUGAUAUCCUGCGGCUCGAACGACUUUGGCGAGCUCGGUCGAGACCUGCCCCUCACUCUAUCCAACACCCCUACGCCCAUACCCAUCUCUCAAGCAUCCCAAGUGCCUACCAUUAUCGACUUGUCUCUACGCCCUGGAGAGAGAGUAGAGUUUUUGAAAGGGGGGCAGAGGCAUGUGGUGGCGGUUGUCAGUGGGAAAGCCGGGCAGAGGGUCGUGGGAUGGGGCGCUUCGAGAAAAGGCGAGUUGAGCGCGGAUACGCUCUCUAGCAAUACUUCAAAGGUGCUGUCUAGCAAAGCAAAAGGCAAAAGCAAAGCCGCUCCUUAUCCCACCACGUCUCCGCCUACCAUCAUCCACCUUCCCGUACCGUCCGACCAACGUAUCAUCAACAUCUCACUCGGCGCUUCGCAUUCUUUGGCGCUACUCUCAGGGGGUACUGUGCUGGGCUGGGGCGGAAAUUUGAAAGGUCAGAUUACGGAUGUACAUCUUGUCAAGGGGGUGAAAGAGAUUGCAUCUACGUGGGGCGGAUCUUACUUUUUGACCGACGAAGGGUUGUUCUCGCAGGGUUCCAAUACGCACAGUCAGCUCUUGCGAGGUCAAAGCGUCGGCAGCGAACUGGGUCAAGUAGCGGUACCGGAAGCUCUGAAAGUCGACCGCAUUGUAGCUGGCACAGAGCACCUGCUCUUCAUCGCCACGACCUCAGAUGGUUCGCAAAGACUCUUGUCAGGGGGAUGGAAUGAGCACGGCAAUCUCGCUCUGGGUGAUCAGCUGGAUCGUGAUUCCCUCAAGGUCGUGCCCGGCUGGGAGGGCAGGCGGACACGGGGUGUCUGGGGAGGGUGUGCAUCGUCGUGGGCGUGGGCGUAG